AUGAAGAUGCUCACAAAGUUUGAAUCCAAGUCUUCAAGAGCUAAGGGCGUGGCUUUCCACCCCAAACGGCCUUGGAUCUUGGUGUCGUUGCAUUCGUCCACCAUCCAACUCUGGGAUUACCGGAUGGGUACCCUUAUUGAUAGAUUCGAAGAGCAUGACGGCCCUGUGAGAGCUGUCGAUUUCCACCCUACGCAACCGAUCUUUGUUUCUGGUGGUGACGACUACACUGUAAAGGUUUGGUCACUGCAAACUAGAAAAUGCAUGUUCACUUUGAACGGCCAUCUGGAUUAUGUUCGAACUGUGUUUUUCCACCACGAUUUGCCAUGGAUCAUUUCGUGUUCCGACGAUCAGACCAUCAGAAUCUGGAAUUGGCAGAACCGUCAGGAGAUCGCCUGUUUGACUGGCCACAACCACUACGUGAUGUCAGCACAGUUCCAUCCCUCCCAAGAUCUGAUUGUCUCGGCUUCGUUGGACCAAACGGUCAGAGUUUGGGACAUUUCCGGACUGAGAAAGAAGCACUCGGCUCCACAAGGUGGAAUGCGCUCUUUCGAAGAACAAUACGCCAGAAACCAAGUGCCCCAGCAAGACAUCUUUGGGAACACCGAUGCCGUCGUCAAGUACGUGCUCGAAGGCCAUGACAAAGGUGUCAACUGGGCCUCGUUCCACCCAACGCUUCCACUGAUUGUUUCCGGAGGUGACGACAGAGUCGUCAAGCUUUGGCGAAUGAGCGAGACCAGAGCCUGGGAAGUUGACAGCUGCAGAGGACACACCAAUAACGUCCCCUGUGUCCUCUUCCACCCAACUGAAGAUCUCAUUAUAUCGGUUGGCGAGGACAGAACAAUCAGAACUUGGGACUUGAACAAAAGAACACCGGUGAAACAAUUUAAGCGGGAAAACGACCGGUUCUGGCUUGUUGCCGCUCAUCCAACGAUGAACCUCUUUGCCACUUGUCAUGAUUCAGGUGUCAUGGUUUUCAAGCUUGACAGAGAAAGACCAGCAAGCACUUUGUUCCAGAACACCUUGUUCUUUGUUAACAAUGAAAGCCAGGUUCAACAGUAUCAGUUUGACAAGCAACAAGUGUCUUUGCCAAUGCUAUCGUUGAACAAGAUCAGCAAGUCUUGGACCAAAAUUAGAAACAUAUCCUACAACCCUGCCGAGCGCUCGUUGUUGGUUCAAGCAGGAGAGAAUGAGAAUGGAGUGUAUUCUUACAUGGAUUUGCCAAAGGAGAUUGUUGGUGCACUAGAGCCAAGUCCAAGAGGUGAGGGCGCAGCUACAGCAGCUUGCUUCAUUGCCAGAAAUAGAUUUGUUACCUUUUCAAAAGUUACACACAAAUUGGAAGUCAGAGACCUCAGAAACGCGGUCACCAAGGUCAUCGAUCUUGAUUCGGCUGUCAAAGACAUCUUGUAUGCCGGUCCAGGUACGAUCCUUUUGAUGAAACCUAACGAGGUUAUCCAUUAUGACGUCCAGCAAAAGAAAGAGCUUGCAAAGAUCCAGAUCAGCAAUGCCAAGUAUGCUGUUUGGUCUGCAGACACUCAGUAUGUUGCUCUUCUGUCCAAACAUACCAUCAUCAUUGCCAACAAAAAGCUGGAGACUUUGAUGUCGAUGCAUGAGACUAUCAGAGUCAAGAGUGCAGCUUGGGACGACUCUGGCGUCUUGAUCUACUCCACGCUAAAUCACAUCAAGUACGCUUUGCUGAAUGGUGACAACGGAACCAUCAAAACUCUAGAGAAUACUCUUUAUGUUACUAAGGUUUCAGGCAGACAGUGUUUCUGUUUGAACAGAAAGGGCGAGGUGGAAGUUGUGACGAUUGAUCCUACAGAGUACAGAUUCAAGAAAGCAUUGGUGAAUAAGAAUUUCAAUGAGGUGCUCAGAAUUAUCAAGACUUCCAACCUUGUGGGUCAGAACAUUAUCGGCUAUCUGCAAGCCAAGGGAUAUCCUGAAAUUGCAUUGCAGUUUGUUGAAGAUUCUGAGACCAGAUUUGAGCUUGCCAUAGAAUGUGACAAUCUUGACAUCGCUUUGGAAGAAGCCAAGAAACUGGACAACCCAGUCAUUUGGGAGAAACUUGGCAAGGAGGCCCUUCUGCAAGGCAACGUUCCGAUUGUCGAACUUGUCUACCAGCAACUCAAAAAACUCGAGAAGCUUUCUUUCCUGUACCUUAUCACUGGUGAGACUGAAAAGCUUUCCAAAAUGGAGCAAAUUGCGGAGGCAAGAGGCGACUACUCGUCUUUGUUCCAAAACAGUCUUUACUUGAACUCUGUUGAAAAAAGAAUUAACACUUUCAUCGAAACUGGCCUUUUCCCACUUGCAUAUGCCACGGCCAAGACGAAUGGUCUUGACGAUAUUGCAGAAUCGAUUCUGUCCGAGGCGGGAUUAACGGAGGCUGACAUCCAAAUGCCUUCGUUCGGAGAGCCUAACAGUGUUCCUGAGGUGAAGUCUGUCAUCACUGAGCCAUGGCCUCUAGAGAAAGCUUCCUUGUCCUACUUUGAACAAGCUCUUCUUGGCAACUUUGAAGGUUUAUCCAUCGAAGACCAACCACAAACACAGGCUACUGCCACUGAUAGAUUUGCUGCCUCUGUAGAUGACGAGAACUUGUUCGAGGAUGCUGAACCGAUUGUCGACGACGAAGGAUGGGAUCUUGGCGAGGAAGAGCUUGAAGUCGAAGUUGAUGACGAUGCAGUUGAUGACGAUGUUGAAGAUGUCGGAGCUCUUUCAGGCGAGCUUGGAAACUGGGUCAGAAACUCCAGAUGUGCUGCAGGAUACAUUGCUGCGGGAGCAUUUGAGCCUGCUGCUCAAAUGCUGAAUAAGCAGCUCGGUAUAGCCAAUUUCGAGCCUCUAAGAAAGAGGUUCCUUGAGAUUUACCAAGCCAACAAGGUUUUCAUUCCAGCCAUCGACGGUCUCCCAUCCCUGAAGUCUUAUGUGAGAGCUGACCCAGAGGAAGAGAAUGACUCAAAGGCUCUUCCAUACGUUCCGGGCUUCGACAAGCUUGAGGCUGGAUUGCACGAAGGAUUCAAGCUGUUCAAAGCCAACAAACUAGAAGAGGCCAUCGUGGUAUUCAGGGAGCUAAUCUACAUUGUUGCUACAUCUGUGGUUUACAAUACGGACGAUGAAGAGAAGUGCAAAGAGGUGCUUGCCGUCUGCAAGGAGUACAUUCUCGGUCUUUCUAUUGAGCUUGCCAGAAGAGCUCUGCCUCAGGACGAUGUGAAGCGCAAUUUGGAGCUGGCAGCCUACUUCACAAGAGCCCAAUUGCAACCUUCUCACAGGGUCAAUGCUCUCCAGGUUGCCAUGACCCAGUCAUUCAAAUACAAGAACUACGCCCUGGCUUCCUACUUUGCCGGCGAGUUCCUCUCCAUAAUCACCUCGGGGCCAAGAGCAGAGCAAGCCAACAAGAUCAAGGCCAAGUCGGAUUCGAUCUCUACCGAUGCCGUGGAGAUCGAUUUCGAUCCGUACGCCGACUUUGACGUUUGUGCCGGCACAUUCACCCCAAUAUACAAGGGUUCUCCUUCCGUGACGGAAGCUCUUACAGGUGCCAAAUACCAUGCGAGCGAGAAGGGCAAGAUUUGCUCAAUCACCAAGGUCACCUUAGUGGGCGCUCCUGCUUCUGGUCUACGUAUUUUGGCUUGA